AUGGUCGCUUUGUAUGGUUUGCCAACUUGCAUGUCUGUGUUUUAGAGUUCUUUGUUUUCGUAAAUUGUUAAUUAUAGUCUAACGUUUAGGCCAAAACAUAUACUACUCUUUAUCGUACCGCAUAUGCAUGAAUUUAUAUAAUAUAAACAUAAUUUGUGGUGUGCAAGAAAGAUGUCAUCGGUAAUGUGAGUGCAUUCUACGAGCAUUUUUAUUUCAUGGGAUUAUGACGUCUAUGUUUCCUAUUUGGAUUUGCAGAGACUAAAGAAUAUAAGCCGCUGUCAAACUUCUAUUUGAAUCAAAGAAGAUUAUGUUAUCAGUAGUGAAAGAUUAGCUAUAACACAGUAAAAAGUUUGGAGACUUCUCUUAAUAAGUGCGAAUCAAAUAUAUACAAAUGCGAACUGUGAGAGUGCGUGGGAUGCCUAUGUGAUGGGAGGGGUAGGGUGAGUCGUGCGGCGCUCGGGCGCGGGCGCCAUGAACCCGCCGGCGCCCGGCAAGACGGCCACGCGCUCCUCAGGGUACAACCAGAAAGCGCUCGCCGAGAUACGAAACUCCCUACUCCCUUUUGCUAACAUCGGAAAUUCCGAGCCCCCUGGCUCCUCGGCAGCCAGUACUGUGAGCUCAGGAGUCAGUUCCGGCUUUAGCUCAUCAUCAGGGAAUGGGCUGGAUAAGGACUUGAGUGUACUCCCGCAGUCACUUAACCAGUUGAUAGCUCUGGGUUAUGAUGAAUUACAAAAAUCUUUUCAGGAUCCAGCAGUUAAAGCGCUCAAAUUCACCGGCGGUCGCUUCGACGCGGCACUCGAUUACCUUUCGAAAAAGCAGGAGCCGCUCAACGGCGUGCUCAAGUCGAGUAAUUUAAGCGCUCUCAGUACUAAGCUCAUAAGGAAGCCUAGUCUGGAGCGCGAGAUUAAUCUUCACAGAGGGAGUCCGGCGUUAGACUCCGGUGCGGGCAGCUCGCGAUCGGACAGUCCGCGGCAGUCCGACGCGCCGCCGCUGCCCCACGAGAAGUUGAGUCGGCAGUACUCGCCGUCGGGCUUUUCCGAGCCGCCGCCGCCGCCGCCGCCGCGAUGUCCGUCCACGCCGCCGGUGCCGCCCGCCGUGCAGCAGUACAUGAAGCGCAUCUCGCCCGCGCCGCCGCUGCCGCCCGCGCGCGGCACCAGCCCCGUGGCGCCCGGCGCGCCCGCCCCGCCCGCGCGCCAGCCCAUGGUGGUGCAGAACGGCCCGCAGGCGCAGCAGCAGUUCUCGCAGCAGAUCCAGGCGCUCAACAUGUACCAGGCGGGCGUGCCGGGCGCCGAGCUGCCCCCGCCCUACCCGCUCGCCGGCGUGCCCCCGCCGCCCUCCUACACGCUGUCCAUGCAGAACCGCCAGAGCCCCACGCAGUCGCAGGACUACAGGAAGAGCCCCUCCUCGGGGAUCUACUCGGGCGGCACGUCGGCCGGCUCGCCGAGCCCGAUCACGGUGACGCAAUCGACCGGCUCGUCGUCCGGCAUGACUCGGCCCACGCCCAUCCAGGCGUGGACCGCGAGGCAGGCCGUGCAGCCGCCCAUCAUAAUGCAGUCCGUGAAGAGCACGCAGGUGCAGAAGCCGGUGCUGCAGACGGCCAUCGCGCCCGUGGCGCCGGCGCCCGUGGCCUCCCCGGGGCCGCCGCCGCCGCCGUCCUACGCCUCCUCCAUCCAGCAGAAGCAGGCGCCGCCCAGCUACCCGCUGGCCCCCAAGCCGUCGUCCCCCGGCGCGCCGCCCGCGACCCCGGCCCCCGCCGCGCCCGCCGUCCCCACCACGGAGCCCCCGAGCUACGCGAUCACGAUGCAGGCCCUGGCCGUACAGCGCGGCAUGCAUCCCAUACCGCCCCCGCCCUACGGGAACCAGAGCGAUAACACUACGACAGUAAACUCCCACCAUUCGCCUCUCCAUAAGAAGUUCUCUAACAAUUGCGACGGCAAAGGCGAAGCUUCGCAGAUGGAACUCAAGUGUCCCAACCAGAACUGCAGUUUGAUGAAAGACAGCGCGCCCUCCGGCUCCGAUAAGAGUUCGAACGGAUCUUCGGAGAGGAGGCCGAAGGGCCCGUCCGAUAAGAUUCGCCAUCAGUCACCUAUCCCUGAACGUAAAAACAUCAGCAAAGAGAAGGAGGACGAGCGGAGAGACUGUAAAGUUAGGAACUACUCCCCGCAGGCGUUCAAAUUCUUCAUGGAGCAGCACGUGGAAAAUAUUCUCAAAUCCUAUAAGCAGCGCACGUACCGCCGCAUGCAAUUAGAAAAAGAAAUGACUAAAAUCGGGCUCAGCGUUGAGGCUCAGGACCAAAUGAGAAAGAUGCUGUCGCAAAAGGAGUCCAAUUACAUACGGUUGAAGAGAGCGAAAAUGGACAAGUCCAUGUUCAAUAAGAUAAAACCGAUCGGUGUAGGAGCGUUCGGGGAAGUGACGCUGGUGAGAAAGAUUGAUACUAGUCAUCUAUAUGCCAUGAAAACGCUUCGGAAAGCGGACGUUUUGAAGCGGAAUCAAGUUGCGCACGUGAAAGCGGAGAGGGACAUCUUGGCGGAAGCCGACAACGAGUGGGUCGUCAAGCUUUACUAUAGUUUUCAAGAUAAGGAUAACCUGUAUUUCGUGAUGGACUAUAUCCCCGGUGGCGAUCUGAUGUCCCUGUUAAUAAAACUGGGUAUAUUCGAGGAGAACUUGGCGAGGUUUUAUAUCGCCGAGCUGACGUGCGCGGUGGAGAGUGUGCAUAAAAUGGGGUUCAUUCACAGGGAUAUAAAACCGGAUAACAUACUCAUAGAUCGCGAUGGCCACAUCAAGUUGACCGACUUCGGUCUGUGCACGGGCUUCAGGUGGACGCACAAUUCAAAAUACUAUCAAAGGAACGAUCACGGUCGGCAAGACUCGAUGGACCCAGUCGACGGCGAGUGGGGUGCGAUGGGCGAAUGCCGCUGCCACCAGCUGAAGCCGCUUGAAAGGCGGCGGAAGCGAGAGCACCAGCGCUGUCUCGCUCACUCGCUAGUGGGCACACCCAACUACAUCGCGCCGGAGGUGUUGCAAAGAACGGGCUACACGCAGCUCUGCGACUGGUGGUCGGUAGGCGUCAUCUUGUAUGAGAUGCUGGUCGGAUCGCCGCCCUUCCUCGCCUCUACGCCCGCUGAGACGCAGUUGAAGGUGAUAAACUGGGAGAGCACCCUUCACGUCCCGGACGCGGCGAACCUCUCGCGGGAGAGCAAGGACCUAAUACUACAGCUGUGCUCAGGGCAGGAGACGCGACUGGGAAAGGACGCUAACGAGGUGAAAAACCACCCCUUCUUAAUGGGCAUAGACUUCGACAAAGGGCUCAGGAGACAAGGGGCACCCUACAUACCCCGGAUAGAAUAUCCCACAGAUACCUCGAACUUCGACCCGAUAGAUCCAGACAAGUUGAGGAAUUCGGGCAGCUCGGAUUCAAACAAAUCUGACAGUGAGCUACUCGACAACGGGAAAACCUUCCAUGGAUUCUUCGAGUUCACCUUCAGAAGAUUCUUCGAUGAUGGUUACACGAACAAAAUCAAUCUUGAUGACAACGAUAACCAGGGUCCUGUGUAUGUUUAAGUUAGCUGGAGGUUCCACAUUCAGUUUGGUAUCAGAUCAAUUCAUGAUCUUGUCAGAAUGACGUCAGAUUAAUUGUGUGUGGCUGAGAUCUGGACGUACAAUAGAGAAAAAGUUUAUAGAAAAUAAUGUUUUAAUGAAUUAUGUCAUAACAGAGAUAAGUUGCGAUGUCGAUAAUCUAGUCCGUAGCUUUUUACUUAAAAGCCCUACAUAAUAGAUUUACGACUGUAAAAACGGGACCUAAGAAACUAUAAUAUUAAUUUCAAAUAUUCCAAUCUUUUAAAAGUACCGGUUUUUGUUUUAAUACUGAAUUAUUUUUCAUUAGAAUCAAACAAACGUUAGACCAAAUUUCUCUAAAGCUUCAAUUUACGGCUCAACAACUGGCUUUACCUACCAUAAAACAGCAAAUUGAAUCCUUUACUUAAUUUUGGUUGGCAAGAAUAUGUUAUUUCACAGUUGAUCUCGAUGGAAGUAUCUGUCAACAAUAAGUUACGUCAUAACCAAGGCCGCGGACUGAACUGUCGCCAAACUGAACGUGCAACCUCCCACUAACGAGUGAAAGAGACACUAGAUAUCUCAUAAGGAUUCUCGCGAAGUGUGUGCCUUGACUCUCUCUCUAUUAAAGCGAUAGUUUUCCCCCUCCUGUAAACAACGUACAUAUAACGUAUUU